GUCAAAUUGACAAGAGUUGAAGACAAUGGUGAGGUCUACUACCAAGGAUGCACAAGAUCUUAUCCGCGCUCUUUGGUCUGCUUAUUCCGCAACCCCGACGAAUCUCAAGAUCAUUGAUCAUUAUGUUGUGUUCGCCGUCUUCACUGCUCUCAUUCAGGUAGUUUACAUGGCUUUGGUGGGAACAUUUCCAUUUAACUCCUUCCUCUCAGGAGUACUUUCUUGCGUAGGGACUGCAGUUCUGGCUGGACUUUGCACCCGAGCGCGCUUUUGCGGAUUUUGUUUUCUGCAAUGUGGUGCUCCAUUUGGUGAUCAUGAACUUCCUUGGUUAAACUGUGUUUGUGUGGUUUUGUUUAGAGAGCUCGUCGACAUGGCGAAAAACUAA